AUGCCACAGGCAUUGGCACCACGAAUUCCGCGUCAGUCAACCUUCAGUCAUCUGGGCGACGGCGUCAGUCCGAAAAAUCCUGCUGCCUGGCUGAUAAACAAGAAAUGUGAUGAUGGUCCAGCUGGCUCUGAAGAGCCUCAGGAUAGACCAAUCCUUAUCAACGCAUUGCUGCACGCUGCACGCUGCACGCUGCAUGCCGCACGCUCGUCACCCCAACCAGCUCCCUCCCCAGAUCACCAUCAUCCAUCAUCCAUCAUCCAUCACAUCAGUACCACCAGCGCUUGGCUCAGUCGGUAUGAUCCGGAACUUUUGCUCCUGCGAACUUGGUGGGUCGUCUGGUUGUUCUUGAUAAUAUCCGUGCUUAUUUCGAAUCCCGCGGCAAGCUGCAAAACUCCUCUCGCAAUGCAACAAGGGAACCAAAAAGUUUCUGCAUCUUUGAGAGACGCGAUGCAGCGAAUCAUCGAUCAAUUCAUCUGUGAUCUACAGUACAGUAUAUUCCUCGCAGCUGUGUCAACAUCCGACUCGCUACAACUUUACCCUGGGGCCUGGCGGCGAAAGAAAAAAAGAAAUAAAGGCAACGAGAGGGCAUCCGAUCCCCCUAUCUGCCUUUAUCUGCCUUCUUCAACCAAACCUCGAACCUCGAACCUCGCGGUCUCCUUCAGAACAGCCGCUACAGCCCACAGCCCACUCUUCCUCGGCCCUGGGGCCUCUCGUGGUUCGCGGCCAAAUUUUUGA